AUGGAUGCAGUACCUUUUCAGUCCAGACCAAAGAACACAAUUAUUUGUAAGUAUGGUUGGUUUCGAAUACCCUUUACUGUCCAAAAUAACAGGACAGAGGAUGCUAGCAAGCUCCAGAAUGAAUGGGUGUCUCUCAUAGAAAGGUACUGUCCACUGUGCAAGGGUGCCUCACUGCCUCAGGAGGGAUCACAAGGGUGCAUCUCCUCCGAACCAGAUUAUGAGGAUUUUACUGUACCUCUGAAUGAACAGAAAGAGGAGGCCCUCCACUUUAGUAUGAGUUCUGCAACAACCAGUCUGAACAAGUCUUCAAGCCCCCAGACAAAGCCUGCAGAGGGGGAAGCAGCCCCAGCAUCACCAUCUCUUCCACUUCCCAUAAGUAAGGCAGAAGUACCACCAGCCCCACCUGCGUUCCCGCCGCCCUGCAGCCUCUCUCCAUUGACAAAGAGAACCAAAGCCUUUCACUGGGAUGUUGUUCCUUGCGAUAAGAUUCAAAAAUCUGUCUGGGGAUCAUGUGACCCAUGCAAGAAAAAAAUAGACAUAUCCAGACUCUGUGAUCAGUUCCAGAUCCAGGACAUGACAGUAUUUUCAGGCAACGAACCUUCAGUGAAUCAACACAUCAUGUUAGAUCGAAAAGUUGCACAUAACUUCAACAUUUUUCUUAAAAGUUUCCGUAUAAAACCAAGUGAGCUGAAAGAAAAACUAUACAUUGUACAUGAAGAGAGUGGUGGACUUACAGAUGAGCAGAUUACAGCACUAAGAAGAUACAUGCCAACGCCAAAAGACGCAGAAAGGUACCAGUCAUUCAAGGGGUCUCCUUCAGAGCUGCAUGUGGUUGAUCAGUUUAUGUUAGAGAUGUGUAAAAUCCCCCACUUAGGCCAGAGGUUGGAUCUCCUGCUUACCAUACGUGAGCUCCCUGUGAGCAUGAGAGAUUUGGAGCCUCUAAUAAACCAGAAAAUCCAAGCGAGUAAGCAGCUGCAAUCCAGCCAGAAGUUUGUUGCUGUCUUGGAGUACAUUUUAGCCAUUGGGAACCUUUUAAACGAAAAGGCUGGAAAAGAGAAGGCUAAAGGAUUUCGAUUGUCGUCUUUGACCAAAUUGCCUCUGUUGCGGGGUAAAGAGAGGACAUUCACCUUGCUUCAUGCCCUUGUGGAACAGAUCUUCUUACAUGAGCCUGAUCUGGCUGAAUUUUCUCAGGAGUUGACAGAAUUUGAAGCUGUUCCCAAUGCUUCCAUGAAGGGCCUCAGUGCUGAAGUUGAUGUUUUAAAAAAAGAAUUGGAAAAUGUUAUUCAGUGCAGGCGGCUUAUUAAACCCAAGACAAUCAAGGCAACACCCCAGGAGUCACAGUUCUGCAAGGAACUAAAGGAUUUAAUUCAGAAAUAUGAAGGGGAUCUAUCCCAGCUGUCAAAAAGAUGUGAUGAAAUGAAGAAGCUUUAUAGCAACAUACUGGUAAAAUUUGGGGAGCCGCAAGACCUAGACUCUCAGGAACUAUUUGGAUGGAUAUCUUCAUUCAUUAGUGAGUUUAGGAAGGCCUGUGCUGAAGUCAUGCCAUAA